AUGAUAUGGAGCACCUUGAGCAUGGACAGCAUCGAACGGGACUCGGUUCCUCCAGGCUCCAUUGUUGACGUGUCGACGUCGUCCAGCUACCCUCUGCCAUACUCCGACGUGCUCUUCAAUGUUUUCGAUCUCAAUGGCGAUUUCUCGCUGAGCUACAGUGAGGUGCUGGAGUUUGAAAGGGCCCUGGGCCUGACCAACGCCAGCGCCAUUCGCUAUGACCUUGUGAAUCAGUUGGACUUGAACAAGGAUGGGAGGCGGUCAAAGCAGGAGUGGAGCCGUCAAGGGGACUUCAUCUAUCGCACUGUCAUCUUCGACACCUUCGAUGUGGAUGGGAACGGCGUGCUGGACGCGCAAGAGGCGCUGAGAGCCUACAGAAUGAUGAAAGUUUCCUCUCCCUACCUCCUCGUCUCCUUUCUUGACGCCGACAGCAAUGGCGUGCUCUCCCGCUUGGAGUUCUCGCGUGCCGGCGCCUUCAACUACAGCAAGGACAUGCGCAGCAAGCUCGUGAGUCUGCUGGACACCAACGGCGAUCAGUUCAUCGACGCGAGGGAGUGGGGAUACGUCAAAGUUCACUCCCUCCAGAUCCGCUGGACGCCUGAGAUGGACAUGGCGGGGAACGCGCGGACGUUCGUGGCUGAGCUGCUGAGGCGAGGGAGCUGCGAGUAUGCCCAGGUGAGGUACUCGGUCGACAAAUGUUUCUACUGCAUCUCCUCCUCCGAUUCCCUCCAGAGCCUCGCCUACCGCCACCAGACCGACUGGACGCAGAUCUGGUCAUCGAACCGCCAGCUCUUCUCCCCGGACGAGCUGCUGGUCGGUCAGAGGAUCAGGCUCGGGAAUCUGUACCUGUCGCAGGUGGGGGAUACCUGGACGAGGCUCUCGAGCAGGUUCGGGAUGAACAUGACAACCCUGCAGGGGCUCAACCCUGACCUCAUCCCCGACCUGCUGAACCUCUCCCCCCUCGCUGCUGGCUCCUUGGUCUGCCUCAUGCCUGACACCGCCGGUGCCAGGAGACAUUCCGUUGACUCCUUCCUCCUCUAA